AAGUAUUUUCCCUGGUGUCGACUGCCACAAGAGUUGCAAGUCAAAGUUCUGCAGAAUCUCCGUCGAAGUGAUGUUGACAAAUUUCAACUGCUGAAUCGGGAAACGUUUGAGCUUGUUGGGCGCAACCAACGGCUGUUGAAAAGGAGACACAUUGAAAGGAUGCUGAUACGGGUGGACACGAAUCUAAGCAGAUUUGAAGCGGUUUGCCGGCGACGAUCAAAAAAAGAUUGGGUGUCUUUCUUUUCACUGGACGACCUCCCAAAGGCGCUCAGAAACUCUGACAUUCAGUCCCUGGAAAUCGUUAAGGUGGCCGCUCGGGAUCUGCCUUUGAUCUUGUCGUACUUCCUGGAUGCUGGCAGUCGAGUACAGGAGUUAACGAUAAAAGAUGCACCAUUCCUCAUCGCUGACAGCCCAUCAUCAAUUCUUCGAUUCCUUCUCGACGUCGCUCCGGAAGAUAUCUGCUUCCUCAAGAUUAGCUGUUGGGACGGCCUUGGUCCCGAGGUUUUCCAGGUCAUUGUAUCGAGAGAACGCUUUUGUGUUUCCAGCUGGGGAAAUGCUCGAGUAAUUCCAAUAGACGACAACAUUCUUGCCGAGCUCACUGCCACUUCUUUCUUUAUUGGCGCUCCGAACAACAUCACCAUCGAUGGUUUGCUCUCAUUUGUUGAG